AUGACGACUGUUGACGUUGCGAUUGUCGGCGCUGGAAUUGCGGGCAUCAAGGCAGCCACAGAAUUGCACUCGAAGGGACUAAGUACUCUACUUUUGGAAGCUCGGGACAGGAUCGGCGGAAGGCUAUACACCUAUCAUCCACCAAAUUCGGAAUAUGACUAUGAUAUUGGUGCCUGCUGGUUUCAUGCCACCGUUAGCAACCCACUUUUCCACAACGCUCUACAAAAAAAGAAUGUCGAAUAUUUCUUCGAUGAGAACUCAGCAGCCGUGAUUGGACCUGAAGGACCCCUUACUGCGAAUGUCGGUCCGAUUGUUGAGGAAAUCAAAUUAUAUGCCCAAUCUAGACCUGGGGAAGACGUGAAUUUGAAGACUGCCUGCGCAGAAUAUUUGACCAGAAUGGGACCCACAUUGUCAGACGAACAGAAGAAAUGGGCACCCUCGCUGCUGAGACUGGCAGAAAUCCCUAAUGGGAUGCAAUGGGAUAUGUUCUCUGCCAGAUUGGCCAAUCCCCCUUACGUCGGAAGAGACGCAUUUGUGUCUGGUGGUUACAAGAGAGUGCUGGAGAGUGAAAUCGAAGGAUAUCCUAGCGAGUCCAUUUGGACGGAAACGGUUGUGAAGAAGAUUGAGCAGACAGAUUCCGGAUACAAGAUCACUACUGAGACUGGCGAUGCUCUUUACUCCAAGUUUGUGGUUGUCACCAUUCCUCAGUCUGUUUUGAAAUUGAGUGUUGAGGAUCCUAACGCCAAGGGUGCAAUCACAUUUGUUCCAGACUUACCUAAGAGUAUCACCGACAAUUUCUCGAAGACACACUUCUGCGCGCUCGGAAAGGUGAUCUAUGAAUACGACGAGGAUUUCUGGCCAGCAACAGAAAAAUUCGUUGUUAUUCCCAAGCCUGAUGAAUCUGUGUCCACUUCAACCAGCUUCCCAACUUCAGAAUACAACAAGAAACUUACUGAGGAAGAAGCAGACAAGCUAGAGGCAUUUGACUUCCCUGUUUUGGCUGUAAACCUAAAAAUUGUGAAAAAUGCUCCCGCACUUAUGUUCCUGGUCCCCGCUCCCGCAUCUCAUUUGCUCGAAGAGAAUGUUGAGAAAUAUGGGCCUAAACUGCUUGAGCCUAUCAUUGCUAAACUCUCUGGUAGAAAACAAACUGAGCUUCCAAAACCAAAGCUUGUGUUCUCAACAAAUUGGUCUUCUGAUCCUUUCAGCAGAGGCUCUGUUUCAGGAAACGCAGUUGGUGAUGUCCUAGUCAAUGAGGGUCUUAUUGAGGGUGUCAAGGGCUUGCGGUUUGCUGGGGAAGCAUACUGCUACGAAGGCCACACUGGUGCCCACGGGGCCUAUAUCAGUGGUAAGAGAGAGGCAGACUUUAUCCUCAAACAGCUCGGAUAUUGA